GUGGCGCGCGCGCGCUCAAGCCCCGCCUCCCCUCCCCCUCACGUCCAUUCAGCGAGCGCGCCUGUGUGCGUGCGGCCGCCUCCUCCACCUCCUCCUCCUGCCGAGCGCGCGUGCGCCUGAGUCUGUCUGUCUGUGUGUGCCUGACUGAGGGUAUGAAGCCGGGCGCUGUCGUAGCGGCCGCCGACCCCUGAGGAGGCCCUGCCGGAGAGGAGCUACUCGAGUGAGCCAAGCCAGCGAGGCUCUCGCCGCCUCCGCCCCACACACGGACGGACGGGCUGCCGACUACUCCGCCCAGGCAGCCUUGCCCAUCCCGGCCGCCGCCGCCAGAGCAGCCAUUUUGUGCCUCCCCUUCCUUCCUCCUUUCCUUCCUCCCCCCUGCCUCUCUCUUCUCCUCUUCCUCAUCUGCCGCCGCCGCCUCGGCCUGUACGUGAGCGGUGCCGGUGCCGAGGGGAAAAGAAGCGGCCGGGGCGGAGGCGGCGAGGCGAGGGCGGGCGAGGCCUGUGGAGGCGGAGCCUGGCGAGGGAGGGGCGGGCGCGCGGCGCGGGGGGGCCCCCAUGGCGAAGAAAACCUACGACCUGCUCUUCAAGCUGCUGCUGAUCGGCGACUCGGGCGUCGGCAAGACCUGCGUCCUUUUCCGCUUCUCCGACGAUGCCUUCAACACCACCUUCAUCUCCACCAUCGGGAUAGACUUCAAGAUCAAAACAGUUGAAUUGCAAGGAAAGAAGAUCAAGCUACAGAUAUGGGACACGGCAGGGCAGGAGCGGUUUCACACCAUCACCACCUCCUAUUACCGAGGUGCCAUGGGAAUCAUGCUAGUGUAUGACAUCACCAAUGCCAAAAGCUUUGAAAACAUCAGCAAAUGGCUCAGAAACAUAGAUGAGCAUGCCAAUGAAGAUGUGGAGAGGAUGCUGCUAGGAAACAAAUGUGAUAUGGAUGACAAGAGGGUGGUACCCAAAGCAAAAGGGGAACAGAUUGCAAGGGAGCACGGUAUUAGGUUUUUCGAAACUAGUGCAAAAGCAAAUAUAAACAUUGAGAAGGCAUUCCUCACAUUAGCAGAAGACAUUCUUCGAAAGACCCCUGUAAAAGAGCCCAACAGUGAAAAUGUAGAUAUCAGCAGUGGGGGUGGUGUGACGGGCUGGAAAAGCAAGUGCUGCUGAAUGUGCCCCCCCUCGCCACGCACCACCCUACGGCCACCACCGCCCUUCCUCCUCUUGCUGGGGAAUAAACCACUUCGCCCAUUUUUAACCUUCAAUAUUUUUUGUUCCUCAUCUUAACAUGGCUCCACCUUUCUUUUGUUCUUCUGUUUAGGGAGAGCUCGCUGACUAUAAUUUUCUUGAAACUGUAUUAAAAUCAUGUCUGACUUUUUUUAAUGUACCAGCUCAACUCGGCAUCACAUUCUGGUUGUAUCAUAGCCCAGUCUUAACAUUGAAACUUAGAGCAAUCAUUUCAGCUCCAGUUUGCAAAUUGUACAAGAAUAAAACUUAGCAUUAACAGUUUAUUUUGUACAACAAGUGGGGUUUUGUUAUGAACACUGUGCUUAAGUCACCAUAUUUGCAUCGGUAAAAAAAAUCAUUCGCCUUGAACAUGUGAAUGGGGUUUAUUUUGUCCUGUGCCUUACAUGGAAAGGAGCUUCUCCCCCUCCCCCCCUUUCCCUGUUCUGGUGGAAGGAAGACAGAUUUUCCAUCCACACUUGACUACGCCACAUUUGAAAUACUAAACUCUCCUGUGAUGACUUUACUGUGAUUGAAGUAGUUAAUUACAGAGAAAGGGGUUAGAGCAAGAUACUCCAGUCUGCUUGGUGUCGCCUUUCCUGGGGGAAGGGAGGGGCUUUCAGUGCUGACCAGUUGAUCCUGCUGCCAUUUUCUUUCUCUUUAGCAGUUUUCCUUUUUUUUUUGCUUGCAUGCUGGUUUUAAUUUUUAUUUUUCUUUUAUUUUAUGGUGUGAUGUGUUAAGGGAUGGCAAUACAGUAUGUUUGCCAAAUUUAAUUCAAAGCACUGAUCACGGAUUCUAGCUUUCUGAGGUAAAACGUGAAGUAUCUACUAACCUUUGUGUAGCAAAUGUCAGGCCAACUACUAUUUUCCCCCUCCCUCCUGCAUAGUUAUUGGAGUUCAUGGUAUGGAAGAGUUAAUUGCAUGCACUAGUUUCCUGUGGAGGGUGCUGAUGAUGUGGCUGUUGUCGAUCUUUAUGUAUGACUCUGCCACGUUGUUCCCAAAUUUACAGCUAUUGAUAAGAAUUUGGUUCUCUUUGCUGCUCCAGGCAGGUGACUCGGUAGCCUAGUAAAUAUUUAAAAUAGAGGGUCGGGGAAAGAGGGCAGGUGAGUCAAAUGACCACACCCCUAGAAUGCUCUCCUUCUGUGUUUGAGUUCUUCACAAUAAAAAUCCCUUGUUUACAACCCUGGGCAAUUGUAACUUCUUUCACCUGAUACUGAAGAAUGGCGGGCAAAAGCAGGCAUCUCUUGGUGAGUUUGUGUGUUUGCUUUUGCACAGCAGACAGCCACGCUCUUGUUUUGAAGGUUCCUUGGGGAUGGGACUUGCUUUUCCAGUUUGCUCCCUUUCCUUUCGUUCUGGCUCUGCAGUGAAUGCCAAUGAGACACCUGUGUUGAAACAGUGGAAGGGUGUCCUGCCCUUCUGGCAGAGCUGAGGAGCCAGGGGACAAGAGCUGGUUCCUCUGGAGACACGUGCUGAAUCGGGUGCCUUGCUGGGGCAGCAUUCUUCCCACCAUUAGGCCUGCCCAUAAACGCAGCAGGAGGACUUGGGCAGCAAAGAGUAUCCUGUGGCCUCCUCCUUCCCAACCCCCAGUGUACUCCCAGAGAUCGGCUUGAGGCUGCACUUUUGCACUUGUUUUUAGGAAACACCCUCUACUAAUUAAAUCAGCUGAUGAUGCUGACUUUAAUUUUAAAUUUAAAAAAUGAAAGUUUUGGCGCUCUAGCCUUGCUCUGGUGUCAUCUGCAUAGUAACUUACCCUAUCUACUUCCCCAUCCACUCCCAUCCACCUCUCUCUCUGUCUCUUGCUGUGCUUGUUAACCUUUCCCAGCUGAGUGGCUGUUGAAGCAAAGGCAAAACCCAGGUGACUUAAGGGGACAAAUCAGUGCAGUUUUGUUCCUUGCAUAAUGAUGUACUGAUUCGUGUUGUAAAUAGAAAUGGCUACCUUUUCAGACCUGCACUUUCUAGCGUUAUCAAAAAGAAAAGGGAAUAUGGAGUAUGCAUCAAAAGAUUUUUUGUAUAAUCUUUGUUUAAAACGUGCGCUUCUUAUUUGCUUCCUGGGGCUUGGCCCAUCCUGCCCGAGUCGCUUUGAAAUCCUUUGUAAAAGCUCCUUUGUGUUCAUUAAGCACCAAGCAGUUACAAACAAAACAGGCCACUCUCUGGUACUACUAGACUAAAAAUUCGUAUUCUACUUAACAAGUUAAAUAAACUCAAAUAUUUCUA